AUGUUACAGAUACCAUGUACUUCUUUGGUGAAGGCGGCUUCCGCAUGGCUAGUCCUUGACCUUAUCACCACCACAUCGGCGACCUACCUCAACUCUAGUAACCCGGGGUACAACUGUCACGCUGGGCACUCCUGUUGGCCGACUAUCAAAGAAUGGGAGAGUUUCAACAGCAGUCUGGACGGAAACUUACACCGCACGAUCCCCUAUGCAGCAAGCUGCUAUUACGACUCCCCCUACUAUGACCCUUCAGCCUGUGUUGUCGCCGCAGAGGACUACUCAGUAAACCAGGCACGAACCGAAGUAUACGGCGCAGCAACAGGACUCAACUGGGAAGUGUGUCAAACCCAAACCUGUACUCUGGAUCCUUAUGACCCGACUGUGGUCUAUUCCGAUCAGUGUUCCCUUGGCCGACUGUCGUCAUUGUAUGUCGAUGCUCGAAACGCAAGUCACGUAGCCACUGCCGUGAAAUUUGCCCAACAGCACAAUCUCCGAGUCUCGAUCAAGAACACGGGACACGACUACUUUGGCCGCUCUACUAGCCCUAACACGCUGGCAAUCUGGACUCAUAACAUGAACAAUAUCACCUACCAUGAAAACUUUACCGCGUCUAACUGUCCUGCUUCCAAUGGGCAAAACGUUGGUGAGAUGGGAGCCGGUGCUCAGGCGGCGGACGUGUACUCAUAUUUCGGGGAUCUCAACUUCGACGUGACUGGUGGCAACGAAGGAUCGGUUGGCCUUGCUGGCGGCUUUGGUCAAGGAGGUGGCCAUGGUGUCUUUGGCCCUUCGUAUGGUCUGAUGGUGGACAAUGCGAUCGAAUUUGAUGUCGUGACAGCAGACGGCGAAUUCCGAACAAUCAAUCAAUGCAAUGACCCCGAACUAUUCUGGGCCAUGCGAGGUGGAGGCGGAGGCUCCUUUGCCAUUUUGACAAGCUACCGCUUCCAAGUGUAUCCGUCAAUAAAGAUCAAUGUGUACUCGUUCAGGGCCAACUUCACACUCCCCGGCAACGAAACUAGCAAUUAUGCAGUAUUGGAAGAUGUCCUCACACAGCACGUCACUCACCAACCUGUCUGGUCACAGAACAACGUUUCAGGACACGCUUAUUAUUGGGCGGAUAAAGCUGAGAUUUACCUAGUGCUGCCUUCGAACAAUGUAACGGCUUUAAAAUCCCUCACAAGUGAAUUUUCCUCCUUUCUGACCAACCAAACGGGGAUUAUUGUCUCCGAGAGCUCUUAUACGACCUAUCCCAAUUACACCGGCUUCCUGGGUCUCACCAGUGAAAUUGCGACUCGGCUUACACCAGGUGGUAUCUUCGACGUUCUCGCAAGUCGACUGGUGCCGGAAUCAUUGUUUGAAACCAAUAUAACCGGCUUAGUUGACGCUACUAUUGAAGGAGUUCGUCUCAGCAAUAAGUAUAUACCUGACGAAGGCGUUGCCAUGACUCAAGUCAUAAUGACCACACCUAUCAAUACCCAAAAUGGCAAUGAGACAAGUAUUAAUCCUGCCUGGCGCACAGCUCUCUGGCACCUUAUCAUGACAGGGGGAUGGUUCGAUGUGCUUCCUACUGCGAAUGAAAACGCAAUGGUCGAAUCAUGGUUGGAGACCAKSGAGCCACUAAAGGAAUUGACCCCUGGUGGAGGAUGCUAUGUCAAUGAAGGCCACUACUUGGAACCAGAAUGGAAAGAUACCUUUUGGGGAUCGAAUUAUCCUGAACUGCUUCGGAUUGAGAAUAAGUAUGAUCCUACCCAUUUCUUCGACUGCUGGAAAUGCGUUGGCUGGGAGGGACCGUCCGAGUAA